CUGCGCUCGCAGCUGAGGAGCAGAGCGGGAACUCCAACACCUUCAGGGUUUUAUAAUCCCACUCUCAGACCGGAGGAGGAUUCUGUGAACCUGGAGAGCAAAGAUGAACCAAACUGCAUCCGUCUCCCAUCAGAUCGACUGUCAGCCCGCCAAAGACACAAAGGAGUUUGUGGAUGUCAGCCCCCCGCAGAGAAACUGGAAGGGCAUCGCCAUCUCCCUGCUGGUGAUCGUGGUUGUCUGCUCACUCAUCACCCUGUCGGUCGUCGUCCUCACGCCCACUGAACUUCCUGAAAGCAGCAAGUCUAAGCUGAGUGUGGAAGAUCUGUACAAACCCGAGUUCAGCCCUCAUGACCCCGAGGCCAAGUGGAUCAGCGAUUCGGAGAUGGUGUACAGGAACAGAGACGGUGACGUCAUCAAGUUCAAUUUCAUCCUGAAUGAGACGGAGAUCCUUCUGAGCAACAGCACAUUUAUCUACAUCUUUGAGAACAACAUCUACUACCAGUCAGACGUGAGGAGCAACUCUCUGAGGAUCACCUCCUCCGGGAAGGAAGGAGUCGUCUUCAACGGGCUCGCCGACUGGUUGUACGAAGAGGAGAUCCUGCGGUCUCACCUGGCUCACUGGUGGUCACCUGACGGAGAGCGACUGGCCUUCCUCACCAUCAACGACAGCCUGGUGCCCAACAUGGUUCUGGCCCAGUUCACUGGCAGCACCUACCCCCGAGGCCAGCAGUACCCCUACCCCACGGUCGGUCAGUCCAACCCUGCCGUUAAGCUGUCUGUGGUCAACCUGUUCGGUGCGACUCACUCUCAGGAGCUGCAGCCGCCACAUCAGCUGAGGAUGAGGGAUUUCUACGUCACCAUGGUGAAGUGGAUCAGUAAGAAGCACCUCGUCGUUCGGUGGCUCAACCGGUUCCAGAAUGCCUCUCUGCUGACGGUGUGCGACGCCGCCGCAGGAGUCUGUCACCAGAGACACGAGGAAUCAUCAGAAACUUGGCUCUCCCAACAGGGAGAAGAACCUCUGUUCUCCGAGGACUCGAGCAGGUUCUUCCUCACUCUGCCCGUCAGACAGGGAGGUCACGGAGACUUCCGCCACAUCACCAUGUUCACUCAGAAGUCGCAAGUCCAUCACAGGGAUGAAGUUCGAUACCUAACGUCAGGAACCUGGGAGGCGACUGAACUCCUCUUUUAUGACGAAAACUACAACAUCAUAUAUUUUCUGAGCACAGAGGAAGCUGCAGAGCAGAGACAUCUCUACAGCGUGUCAACUGUCGGCUUGUUUCCACGGCGAUGCCUCACCUGUGGACUGAAGGAGGGGUGCACGUUCUUCGAAGCAGACAUCAGUCCUGAUGCUCAGCAUGCCAUCCUGCACUGCCGAGGUCCAGGUGUUCCGGCUGUGCUGCUUCUGGAUCUGAGCGACAUGAACAGUGAGGGUGACAAAGAAUCAUAUUUCAUCCUGGAGAACAACCUCCACCUACAAUCUGCGCUGAACUCCCGGAGGACGACUCUGACUGAUGUUCGAAUGAUCACCAGUGACAACUUUGAGCUGCCUCUGAAGCUCACUUUUCCUCCCGACUUCUCCGAGUCCUAUCUCUAUGGCCUCCUCCUCAUCAUUGGCAACGCUCUGGGGGGACAGACCAUAACAGAUGAGUUCAGCCUGGACUGGGACUCAGUUCUGGCCAGUUCGGAGCUGAUCAUCGUGGCUCGGCUCGACGGCAGGGGCUCUGGGUUCAGAGGUCAAAGAGUACUGGAGCAGAUCCAUCAGAGGCUCGGUUCUGUCGAUGUAGACGACCAGAUUGCAGCUCUUCAAUACGUGCUGAAGCUGCCUUAUGUCGACCACACUCGUGUCGGAGUUUAUGGAGAGGGUUACGGUGGAUAUCUGACCCUGAUGAUGCUGAAGUCCGAGAAGCUGAUCAGGUGUGCAGCAGCUCAGGCUCCCGUCAUCGACUGGACCAUGUAUGCUUCAGCUUUUUCAGAAAGAUACUUCGGCUCGACAUCAGUUGAAGAGAACAGAUACCAGGCAUCCAAAGUGCUGCCCAAUAUGAGAGGCCUUGAAGGAGGACGUCUUUUCCUGGCCCACGGCACAGCCGACGCGAACGUUCACUUCCAGCACUCAGCAGAACUCAUCAAACACCUUAUAAAGAUCGCAGCUAACUACACUAUGCAGAUCUACCCGGACGAAGGCCACUUCCUGUCAAGACGCAGCCGGAUCCAGCUGACUCACGCUCUAAUUGGAUAUUUCAGAGGAUGUUUGUUCGACUCGUCGUCACUCGAGCAGCGGGACGAGUGAACGGUUAUUUUUGUGUGUUUACGAGUACACCGGUAGACCA